GGCGACAUCGCUUUCAUGCGUCGGUAGGGUGCGUGGGCAAAUGGUGUACACUCUCUCCCUUUCCGAGAGUGAGCGCCCGCUCGCCGAGGCAUAUUGCUUCGUGAUGUCAAGCGUACGUGCUGAACACUACAGCGGCCCGCACACAUUUGUUGGAAGAGCGUCGGACGCAGAAAGGUGGCGACGAGGCAGCUUUGGCUCCUGACUGGCAACUAUCGAACGUAACAGUGGCGAUAGAUUAUACUACGGGAAGCAACACCCAACUGUGUGGUUUAUUCCGUCAUCAAGUUGGACGUACCGCAAGAGAGCGCGCCGGUGGAGGAGUGCACCCGCCGUCCAGCGAAAGGCCCGCGUGUUUUGACAGCUCGUGAAAACAUUCUUGUCACUUGGCUCUCGUGAGGGAAUUGCGGUUGACACGAAACUAUGGCCUCCACUACUCCUCCUGGAAGGGUACCAGAUCCAACGCAGCCGGCUCGACAAGAGCAAACUCCCUGUAACGCUGACGGUACUCUCCGACGUCCUGCGCAUGCGCAAGUACUCCUCGAACCCCGCUUCCAGGAAUUAUGGGAGCAGCUAGUCAUCGACAUAGUGGACCGACAAGCCUGGAAAGUGGAGAGUUUUGACAACCUCACUUCGCUGGAAUCGUACUGCGAGGACGUCCGACAUUACCCGGUCGAGAAUGAGCGAAUCCGCAUGAAGCAGCGAAGAGAAGCCGCCCUGAGGCUGAGAUCCAAUCCUGAGCGUUGGUCUCGGCUUGCCCUGGAUGCACUUAGAGAGUUGGCUGCGGAUUCGCCUGGCCCCGCAGUGGCUACCUUGGCGCAAUCCGGACUUCUAGGUGCAUUCAAAGACUUCGCUGUUCACACCCGCUAUUUUAAGGUCACAAAGAACAUCAUGGAAUCGGCUGGCGUCACGGUGUUCGUAGCGGGACACGCAUCCUCGUCUACGCACGACAUUGACAAGCUGGACCCCAUCAUGCUCGUCGGCUACAGCGAGCGCUGGGAGGACAGGAAAGACACGGCGCUCUGGCACACGUGUCUCGCGUCUCACUACUCGCUCAACACGCACCACCAACAGCACGAACUGUGGCACGCCGAGGACUCUGACGAUAAGGAACGGGAAUGCUGGAAAGCCCUUCCGGAGCUUCUCUGCGACAAGUCUUCCAGGUGCUUGCAGAAGGAGCUCAACGGAGUCGUGUCACCCGACAUGUGGACAGUGCAGACGCAGUUUUACUUGGGAAUGCCCGAAGUGUGGUUAGAUCGCGUGACGCGGAUGGCAGAGCAACUCGCCGAAAGAACGCCAUCCAGAGAGUCGAACGUCACAGUCACGUGAAUUUGCUAUUAAUUCGAAUAUAAAUAUCUUCAAGUCAA